AUGUUGCAUCUCUCUCAGGCAUUACUCUCGCUUUUCUUUAAGGUUCUGCAUACCCUCCGAAACAAUUCUGACGAGUCGACCGCCAAUGCAUCCUGGCGAGAUGAGAGCAAUCUUCGGGCCUCCACUGAGAUCGCCCACUUGAAGGAGACGGUGUUGGACCUGGAGCGGCGACUGGCUGACGUCUCGGCUCAGCUAGCCGCCACCAGUAAGGACUAUGAGCUAACAAAGUUCGCUCUCUCCGAGGAGAAGGAGAGGUGGGUGUCCUCCCGUCUUUUUUUGCUUCCUUAG